UAUAAAAAUAGAAAUAUGCCCGAGGACAGCAUGGAGAAGACUUACACGUGUACUGCGCCUGUGAAUAUAGCGGUCAUUAAAUACUCCUAUUUUUUCAGGGGGAAAGCGAGAUGAAGACUUAAUUCUACCCAUUAACUCAUCACUGAGCGUAACACUUCAUCAAGAUCAGGUAUUUAAAAGAACAAUCACUUGACUGUUGGCAAAUUGUGAGCUGUCAAGCUGCAGUUCACAUCAUUAGUUAUACGUGCACUAUUGGAAAAAGUUCCCAUGCAAGAAAUCUGCCUUUACAAAGACAUUCAUUUUUCAUCUCUGUCUGUCAGAGAAAUGUUCAUUUAGAUAUGUAUUUAUUAUUAUGGUUGUAAUCUACAGCACUGUAUCAUACUGAGAGGUUGGUUUGUACUCUGCAUAUACGUGAGAGGUGCAGAGCUACAAAGCAAUAUUACCUUGUGAUCGUAGUUUUUUGUUUUGUUUUUUGUUUUUAAUAUACAGCUUUUAUAUAGGAUUAAUUACAAUGUACAGGUGAAACCAAAUCACUAGUGAGAGUAAAUAAUCUCAAAAUUUGCCAUAGCUGAUUAAAAAAAUUAUGUCUUGUUAAUUACUGCUAUUAUAAAAUACUAUGAACAUACAGUACGUGACUUAGUUUUUCUUGUACCUCACACACCCCUUUACCGGUGUCUCCCAAGGUAUAUAAAUGUACGUUUUCAUAUAGGGCUUAAAACAUUUCUUAGACCUUCCAGAAUCAUUAGAGCGUUAAUGCUUUAAAUUCCAUUGAGCACUCGAUUUUUACUAUUUGGCAAGAAAGAGAAAUUUCAAACUAAUUUUCAAUUUUUUUAAUUUUAUGGCUGCUCAAUGGGCUUCUCUGAGUACUAAGAAAUUAAUCAAGCAUUAACAUGAUUAUGUACUUAGCUGUUCAUAAAAUCUGGACCACUGUGACAUUAUUCUUACAUUAGAUGGUGGUCAAAUACAUUUGGGAAGCAAGUGUAUAUAGUGUUUUCCAUGUUCAGCUGAAAACAACCACAACCGUGACCACCAGCAAGUCUUUUCAAGAAGAUCGUCUAUGGCUCAAUGGCAAGGAGGAGGAUAUCAGCCAUCGGAGACUGCAAUCGUGUCUGAGAGAGAUUCGACGUCUUGCGAGAAAAAGACGUAAUGAUGAUGACCUGGGUUUGGAUUCAACUUGUUUAACUCACAAAGCUCACAUCUGUUCCAUCAACAAUUUCCCCACUGCUGCCGGACUUGCUUCCUCUGCAGCAGGAUUUGCUUGUUUAGUUUUCACACUGGCUCAGGCGUUUGGUGUAGAAGGGGAAUUGUCUGGGGUGGCUCGUCAGGGCUCAGGCAGUGCAUGCAGAAGUAUGUACGGGGGAUUUGUCCAGUGGCUCAUGGGGCAUCAGAGUGACGGCAAGGAUAGUCUUGCCCAACAGGUGGAGCCAGAGACUCAUUGGCCUGAGCUGAGAAUACUUGUGCUUGUGGCCAGUGCUGAGCGGAAACACGUGGGCAGCACCUCUGGCAUGCAAACUAGUGUACAAACAAGCUAUCUCUUAAAGCAUCGGGCCGAGUCUGUUGUCCCAGGGCGCAUGGUUGAGAUGAUUAAAGCAGUGCGCAGAAAAGACUUCCCUGCAUUCGCGGAACUCACCAUGAAGGACAGUAACCAGUUUCAUGCCACCUGCCUGGACACAUACCCUCCUAUAUUCUACCUCAACAAUGUAUCUCAUCAGGUCAUCAACCUGGUGCAUCGAUACAACCGUCACUACGGGGAGACAAGGGUCGCCUACACAUAUGAUGCAGGACCCAAUGCUGUGAUAUUCACUUUAGAGCAACAUAUUCCUGACUUUAUUCAAGCAGUCCAACAUAUCUUCCCUCCAGAAACCAAUGGUGAAGAGUUUAUAAAAGGUCUUCCAGUCCCUCAUGCAGAUCUUUCUGAGGAGUUGAAACGAGCUAUUGCUUUGGAGCCCAUGCCUAAAGGAAUUAGCUACAUUAUUAGCACUAAGCCUGGCCCAGGUCCUUGUGUUGUGAAUGAUCCCACACAGCAUCUGCUCGGACCUGAUGGAUUACCUAAGAACAUUGUUCGACGUCAUUCAUCGGAAAGGGACAAUGGAGUGAAACAUACAAACGUUUCCUAAUAUUUCACUGCAAAUCUAUCAGUUUUGUCAUUGCCAGAUCACAAUGUUGAGGCUGUGUCUUCCUUUAGCAAUCACAUUAUUUUCUCCUCUUAUGUACUUGUACUGCUAAACCCUGAUUUAUAAUAAUGAUAAUGACUUAUAAUUACCUUAUAUAGGUUACAUUAGAAUACAACUCUCAGUUCUUUCGGUCAAAAUCAUGUUUUCCAUGUCCACAAGACCCUAAAACAUAACUUUCUUCAUUGUUGCUGUUUAGGCAACCCUUUGUCUGUGCCCAUGCCUAUAAAUUAGAUAUAUAAUAUACUGAGAUCUAAUCAUAUAGUUGAAAACAUUGUCUUACAUUGAAAAUAAAUACUGUACAAAUUU